AUGGCACUGAGAUCCCUGGGAAAUAGCAGCAGUAUUCCGUAUGCCUUCCUGCUGAGUGGCAUUCCUGGGCUGGAGCACAUGCAUAUCUGGAUCUCCAUUCCCUUGUGCUUUAUGUACCUGAUUUCUAUCCUGGGUAACUGCAUGAUUCUCUUUAUUAUUAAAACAGAACCCUCACUCCACGAGCCUAUGUACCUCUUCCUAUCCAUGCUGGCUCUGACUGAUCUAGGCCUUUCCCUUUGUACCCUUCCAACAGUGCUGGGUAUCUUUUGGAUGGAGGCACGAGAAAUUGGUCAUGAUGCCUGUUUUGCCCAACUCUUUUUCAUUCACUGCUUGUCCUUCCUGGAGUCCUCUGUGCUACUGUCAAUGGCCUUUGACCGCUUUGUGGCCAUUUGCCGUCCCUUGCACUAUGCAUCCAUCCUUACAAAUACAGCUAUUGGAAGAAUUGGCCUGGCUUCCCUGGGCCGCAGUGUAGCACUCAUUUUCCCAUUGCCUUUUAUGCUCAAGAGAUUCCCUUACUGUGGUUCCUCAGUCCUCUCCCAUUCCUAUUGUCUCCACCAGGAAGUAAUGAAAUUGGCCUGUGCAGACAUCAAGGCCAACAGCAUCUAUGGCAUGUUUGUCAUUGUUUUCACAGUGGGUGUAGACUCACUACUCAUCCUCUUCUCCUAUGCCCUGAUCCUACGCACUGUAUUGUCCAUUGCUUCCAGGGCUGAGAGACUUAAAGCUCUCAAUACCUGUGUCUCACACAUCUGUGCAGUGCUUCUCUUUUAUACUCCAAUGAUAGGCUUGUCUGUCAUCCACCGCUUUGGGAAGCAGGCACCCCAUGCAGUCCAGGUGGUCAUGGGUUUCGUUUAUCUUCUAGUCCCUCCCCUGAUGAACCCCAUUGUUUACAGUGUGAAGACUAAACAGAUCCGAGAUCGGGUAACCCGAGCCUUUUGUUGCUAG